CAACCGUCAAAGGCAGCCGAUUGGUCAGUUUCUGCUUGACCACGCCUACACCCGGAAGUAGAGUCGCUCAUGGCGGGCAGUGAGGAAGCCGCAGAAGCACUUUGGAAAGUUUCAGGAGGGAAAAUGUCGCGGUUUCUCCGAGCGGUUCAGAGUAACACAGCAGAGAAAGAAAAGUCUGAGCUGUCCGAGACUGACCUGCAGAAAUGGGGACUAAGAGGAAUUGCGCUGAAGUCGUACCAGCUGGAUGGCGUUCGAUGGCUCACUCAGUGCUUCAAGACUCUCGAAGGCUGCAUCCUGGGUGAUGAAAUGGGUUUGGGUAAAACCUGUCAGGCCAUCUGUUUGCUGCUGUUCGCUCGAGGACAUCUCCACAUGAAGGGUCCCUUUCUGGUGCUCUGUCCUAUGACGGUUCUGGGCAACUGGAAAACAGAGUUAGAGACGCUCUGCCCAAGUCUGCAUGUGGUGCAUUACAAGGGUGAUAAAAACGAAAGAGCCGAGUUGCAGAGAAACUUGAAGGACAAACCUUUCCACAUCUUGCUGACUCACUACGAGAUAUUCCAGCUUGAUGCAUCAUCAUUUAAAAGGUGGGAAUGGGAGAUUUUGGUUGUGGACGAGGCUCAAAAGCUGAAGAACAGCCACACUAAGCUUCACCAGUUCCUCACAGAGUCCUCUGUGGGUUUCAAACUUCUGCUAACUGGAACUCCCAUCCAGAAUAAUCUGCAGGAGGUCUACUCUCUCCUCACCUUCAUCCAGCCUGGUAUUUUCCCUCCUGAUGCUGUAACAGAGUUUGUUAACACGUAUGCAGAUGUACGGACUCAAAGCUCAAUAGCGAAGGAGCUCCACCAGGUUCUUCAGCCCUUCUUGUUGCGCAGGGUGAAGGCCGAGGUGGAGAUAGAACUCCCAAAGAAACUCGAGCUGGUGAUUUAUCACGGGAUGUCUGCUCUCCAAAAGAAGUACUACAGAGCCAUUCUGAUGAAGGACCUGGAUUUGUUCAGGAGUGAUCAGGGCAAAAAGAAUUCCCUUCUGAAUGUCCUGAUGCAGCUGAGGAAGUGUGUGAACCAUCCCUACCUGUUCAACGGCGUGGAGCCUGAGCCAUUUGAGAUGGGUGAACACUUGGUGGAGGCGAGCGGGAAGCUCUCUCUGCUCGACUCUAUCCUUGCCUACCUGCUGGAGGGGGGUCACCUGGUUCUGCUGUUCUCUCAAAUGACCAGGAUGUUGGAUAUUGUGCAGGACUUCCUGGAGUACAGAGGUUACAGCUACGAGCGUAUGGAUGGCUCGGCGCGAGCAGAAGAGCGCAAUCUCGCCAUCAGCAGCUUCAAUAGCAGAGAAGUCUUCAUCUUUCUGCUCAGCACCAAAGCUGGCGGAGUGGGUCUGAACCUGACAGCAGCCGACACGGUCAUCUUCCUGGACAGUGAUUUUAAUCCACAGAACGACCUACAAGCGGCAGCUCGAGCUCACCGGAUCGGACAGACGAGGCCUGUGAAAGUGAUCCGGCUGCUGGGGAGGGACACCGUGGAGGAGGUCGUUUACUCCCGCGCCGUAUCCAAGCUACAGCUCACCAACACAGUGAUUGAGGAGGGACAGUUCUCUCAGCUGAAGAGUCGGGCUUCUGCUCAGCUACAGUUGAGUGAGAUCCUGAAGUUUGGAGUCCACAAACUGUUGUCGUCAGAUGAGAGCUCAAUCCGGCAGGUGGACCUUCGUCAGAUCCUGGGACAGUCCAGAGAUGGCCAGUGGCUGGUGGACGAGGAGCACGUCAUGUCUGCUGAGGAAGAGGACGAUGAAGAUGACAAGAGACAGAAUCAUAUGUACUUCUUUGAGGGGAAGGACUACUCCAAAAUCCCGAGCAUGGAGGACGAGAAAAGGUUCGAGCUCCUGCUGGAUGAGCAGUCCGCUACGCUGGAGGACACUGGGAAAGAAGGACGCAGUCUACGCAACAAAGCCUCAGUUUUGUUCUCUGGACAUUUAGCAACGCCGUCAAGACUAAAGAGGCCUCUGACGGAGUCUGAACUGGAAGAAAGGCGUCGGAAGAGAGAGGAGAGUGCUGUGAAAAGAGCCAAGAAGAAGGAAGAGGAGAAGAGACAGCGCGAAGAGCAAAAGUACAAGAAGAAGAUGGCCUGGUGGGCAUCAUGUGGGUAUAAAUCGCUGUGCCUGCCCUCUGCUGAUAGCGAAGGUGAGGAUGUGGAUGAAGAAGAAGAGGAAGGAGACAUCAGCAGCGUGACCUCGACAGACUCGGAUGACACAGCGAUCCGUUACAUCAUCGGUGAUGUCACACACCCUCAGGCCGAGCGCGAGGACGUCAUUAUCGUUCACUGUGUGGAUGAUUCUGGACGGUGGGGACAAGGUGGCUUGUUCACAGCUCUGGAGCUGCGAUCAGAUGAGGUGAGGAAACAGUAUGAACUUGCAGGAGAUAUGGAAGAUUUGGAGCUCGGGAGCGUGCUGCUGUUUGGCGUUGACGACAAGCAGUCGAGACUGAGCGGAAGAGACUAUCUGGCUCUGAUUGUCGCCCAGAAGAGAGAUAAAGCCAACAAGCUGUCAGGGAUUUACCUCACAGCCCUGGACGAGGGGCUCAGGAAGAUCUACAGAGCAGCCAAGCAGAAAAAAGCAAGUGUCCACCUUCCACGAAUCGGACACGCCACCAAAGGCUUCAACUGGUAUGGCACUGAGAGACUGAUACGCAAGCACUUAGCCUCCCGUGGAGUUCCCACCUUCAUAUACUACUACAAGCGUAAAGCCUCUCACUCUGCCACGACGGCUUCGUCUACGAACACGGCGACCCCGUCUACCUCACGCUCAGCGUACGCUCCUCCAGCGCCAGCCUCUCCCAGCUCCUCAUGUUCUCUCGGUCUUCCUGGGACAUCAGAAGAACAAGCCGAGUCUCCAGAAGGUUCUGGUGGAGAAGCUUCCAGUUUAGCCGACUUUAUGACAGGAGUCCGUGUGUUCUUCUACAACGUGGGGGCGACAGAGAGGAAGAACCUCGCCCGCUACCUCAUCACGUAUAAUGGCGAUGAAGAGGAGGUCAUGAGCUCACAGGUGACUCACAUCGUAGCAGACGUGGAAAGUCCAGUUCAUCAUCAGGAGUUACAGGAUAUGUGUCAGCAGUAUCCUCAGGCCAUCCUUGUGAAGGUGAAAUGGCUCGAGUCUUGCUUCGCCAACCAGAGGAAAACCAGCACCUCCAAGUUCAUCCAUCAGCUCAAAUAAACGCAUUGGGUUUUUUUUUUUUUUUCAAAAUAUUUACCUCAGCGAUGGUGCAUCCUGGGCUUUGAAAAGAAAAGAAAAUCAAAUAUUUAUUUGUGUUCUCUUUUUAUUGUUUGGCCUUUUUUUUUUUUCUUAUCAGCACGUUGCGUUUCAGUCAGUGCAUAAUUCUUGGCGGGGGCAGGGGGUGGGGUUACACCUGGAGCAAAAAUAUUUCUAUAAAAUAAAAAGAAAAUUACAACUAUACAAUGAUUUACUCAGAAACCCCAGGGGUGGGAAAGAUGUAAUUUUUAAACAUACAGUCCCCUCCAUAAUUAUUGACACCCCUUGUAAAAAGGGUUAGGAAAAAAAUCCGCCUUUUGGUGAAGUCGCUUCAUCUUGCACUGAAAAAAUGAGAAAAAUCCAACAUUUAAUUGAAAAUUUAUUCAGAGGAAAAACAAAUCUCUCAUCAAGAAAUAUCUCAUCUCAUUAUCUCUAGCCGCUUUAUCCUGUUCUACAGGGUCGCAGGCAAGCUGGAGCCUAUCCCAGCUGACUACGGGCAAAAGGCGGGGUACACCCUGGACAAGUCGCCAGGUCAUCACAGGGCUGACACAUAGACACAGACAACCAUUCACACUCACAUUCAUACCUACGGUCAAUUUAGAGUCACCAGUUAACCUAACCUGCAUGUCUUUGGACUGUGGGGGAAACCGGAGCACCCGGAGGAAACCCACGCGGACACGGGGAGAACAUGCGAACUCCGCACAGAAAGGCCCUCGCCGGCCAUGGGGCUCGAACCCGGAUCUUCUUGCUGUGAGGCGACAGCACUAACCACUACACCACUGUGCCGCCCCAUCAAGAAAUAUAUUUUCAACAAAAACCCAUGUACCACUAUUAUUGGCACCCCUGGAAAUGACCGUGAACACGAUGCAACUGAAGAAUGUUUCUCAUUUCACAGUGUUUUUGAGUUGAUUGGAGUGUCUAAGAACUUUCAAGCUGUCAUCCAUGACUUCCCAAUUAACUGGGGUACAAAACACAGAGGUGAAGCUACUUCACCAAACGGUGGAUUUUUUUCUAACCCUUUUUACAAAUCUUUACAAGGGGUGCCAGCUCCAUUCCUGUUCAUCAUCAUCCUAGACCUUGCACUGAGGAAAGCUGUUGCAGGAAGAGAAUCCGAGCUUGGCUUCAUGAUUACCCCAAGGCGUUUACGGAGGCAACCUGAAAUGUGUCUUACAGACUUAGACUUUGCAGAUGACAUUGCACUGCUUUCGAAUGAUAUUUCCCAAGCACAAAGUCUUCUGGAACGUGUAGAAGAGGAACACAGCUGCAUUGGUCUUGAGCUUAAUGCUGUGAAGACGAAAGUUUUAGUCUAUAACGCUCCAAGCAACAUGCCACUUCGCUUCCACCACGGUUGAUGUCUUGAUGUUUCUGAUUUCAAGUACCUUGGCUCGUGGGUGAACUCAUCUGGGACGAGUCAGGAAAGGCCUAGCUUGGAAAGCUCUCAACAUGACGGAUGUUUGGCGAUCAAAUCUAUCUAGACAGCUAAUGCUUCGUUUCUUCUCAGCUACUGUUGAAUCUGUUUUGCUUUAUUGUUGUGAGGGCUGGACCCUCACAACUGCAUUGGAGAAAACUGCAACUAAACGUUUCCCAGUUACCGGAAACGUUUAGUUGCAGUUAUUGCUGCACAAGGGGGUCACAGCAGAUACUGAAAGCAAAGGUUCACAUACUUUUGCCACUCACAGAUAUGUAAUAUUGGAUCAUAUUCCUCAAUAAAUAAAUGACCAAGUAUAAUAUUUUUGUCUCGUUUGUUUAACUAGGUUCUCUUUAUCUACUUUUAGGACUUGUGUGAAAAUCUGAUGGUGUUUUAGGUCAUAUUUAUACAGAAAUAUAGAAUAUUCUAAAGGGUUCACAAACUUUCAAGCACCACUGUACGUGUACGCGCGCGCACACACUCGUGUGCUGGUCCCAGCGCCCCUUCUCUGCUCUCCUACACCUCUUAUGCUCCACCAUCACUGCAAGAAACACACACAUUAAUGGACAACAGGUGUAACGACUUGGCCACUCACCUUCCCUGACCCCGCCCUCCAUUCACAAACUGACGCUCGGCCAUGCCCCCACUGCCACAACAAGUUUUAAUUUUCUUUGGGUUUUCUGAAAUCAACACAGGGUCAAAAGUAUACAUGCAGAACACCUAACAUUUGGGUAAAAUGUCUCUGCGCAAGAUUCACCUUGACCAACAUUUUUGUUUAUCAUGAACAAGCUUCUGGCAGAAUUCUGGUUGGAUAAUUCACGACUCUUCAUGGUAGAAUUGGUAGAGUUCAAUUAAAUUUUUUUUUUCUUGGCAUGGACUCGACUUAUAAGCACGGUCCAUAUAUUUUCAACAGGGUUGAAGUCAGGACUUGUUUGAAGCGUAAUGUUAGCCUGCUUUAUCCUCCACAACCAGCUCUGAUGCGUGUUUGGGUUCAUUGUCCUGUUGUAACUCCCAAGUCGUGUUCAAGUUUCUGAUGGUUUAUACUGAAGAAUUCUGAGGUAGUCCUCCUUCAUUAUUCCAUCCACUUUGUGCAAUGAACCAGUUCCACUGGCAGCAAAACAGCCCCAGAGCAUGAUGACCCUACCACCAUCACCACCAGCUGGUACAGUGUUCCUCUGUACAUGGUGGUCAUUGUGGCCAAACAACUCAAUCUUUGUCUCAUCUGACCACACAGCUUUCCUCCAGAAGGCUUUUUCUUUGUCCAUGUGGUCAGCUUCAAACUUUAGUUAAACUUGAAAGUGUCAAUUUUGGAGCAGGGGGUUAUUUCUUGGAUAGCAGCCUCUUAGUCCAUGGUGAUUUGAACUGUAGACAGUGAUCCAUCACCUUCCAGUUCAUGGCGGGACUGUGCCAUGGUGGUUCCCAGGUUGUUCCUGACCAUCCAAACCAAUUUCCUUUCAGCUGAGGGUGACAGUUUGGGUUUUCUUGAAGCAAAGUGGCUCGGCAAAGUGACUACACCUCACAAUAACUUGGAUACAAUUGUUUGAACUGAUCUUGGAAUUUGCAGUUGUUUAGAAAUGGCUCCAAGAGACAUUCCGGAGUUGUGCAUAUCUGCGAUCCUCUUUCUCAGAUCUGCACUGAGCGCCUUGGACUUUCCCAUUUUACUGUGUGUUGGUCAAUCCAAUGAGUGCUGUAAACAAACCCUUUUUAUGAAGGCACAGAGAAGCUACCAGCUGUAGUCAAUCAUGAUCACUAACAGGAAGUUAAGAGACCUCAGCCUUGGCAAGAUAAGAGACAUUUUGGAAGUUUCAGCACCUCUGAAUUAAUAAUCUAAGUGAGUGUAUGUAAAUUUUGACCCUGUAUGUAUAAUUUUUACCCUGUGUUUUCAGAAAACCCAAAGAAAAUUAAAACUUGUGCACCAAAUUCUAGUGUUUUUUUUUUUUAUUAAAGCUGUACAAUCAUUCUGCCACAGGAAAAGAACAGUUCAAAGAAAUUACUGAAAGCCCAAAUAUUGCCAUGAUAUUCAUGUCACUGUAUGUAAACUUCUGACCACAACUGUAAAUGACUUCCACCCCUCCCCCCACAUUAUUGUCCGUCUUCAACUCCUGAUUCAUCCAUUCAACUCAAAUAAACAGGAACUGAUUCAGUCUAACAA